AUGGCAGCCUGCCUGUGCCAGGGCUGGCAGCUCUCACUGCUCCCUGCCAUCCUGCUCAGCCUCCGCAGCCCACCGUCAGCCCCUGAGCCAGUGACAUCCCAAGACGCUGCACUGCUAGCAGGCGUGUCCGAGGACAUCCUCUGUUUCUCCCGCUGCUUCGAGGACCUCACCUGCUUCUGGGACGAGGAGGAGACAACAACUGGGAUGUGCCACUUCUACUACUGGUACAGCAGGGAUGUGCCCACAGCGUGCGUGGUCUCCAUGUGGCCCCGUGGGGCUGGUGGGAAGCGACAUGUCUGCGUCUUCCCCAGCCAGGACGUGCGGCUCUUCACCCAGCUCCACCUCCGUGUCCUGGAUGCCACCACAAACCACACCAAGUACUGGCGGGAGCUCAGCGUGGACGCCGUGGGUCUCAUUGCUCCCCCAGGGAACAUCACUGCCCGCUGGGCCGGGGCUGCGGGGCAGCUCUGCGUGUCGUGGCAGCCACCACUCACUGACUUCCCCAACUUCUUCCUCUACGAGGUGCAGUGCUGCCCUGCCAGCUCCCCAGGGGUGCCCUGCAACACCACAUUGAACCCCGGUGGGCAGCACCCUGGGGACCCCUCUCUGCAGUCAACUGUUAGCACCCACACACCCAGGGCAGCCUCCUCAGCACUGGGACAGAGGCUGGUCCAGGCCAACACUUGGAUGGUGCUUCGGGACCUGGAGCCAGGGGUGAGGUACCACAUCCAGGUGCGCAGCAAGCCCGACGGCACCUCCAUGGACGGCGUCUGGGGGCCCUGGUCGCAGGUUCUGGCUGCAGAGACACCCCGCUCCUCGGGAGACAUCGGGCUGUGCUGCAGUACCCCCGACCUGCGGCACGUGCGCUGCGAGUGGAGCUGGGACCCUGCAGAGCCCCACAGCUCCCACCAGCUCUUCUACCGGCCACCUCCGAGCGGGGCUGGCACAAGGGAAGAUGCAUGGCAACAGUGCGAGGAGGUGAGCAGGGGGGCACAGGGCACCUAUGCCUGCACCUUCCAGCCCAAGGCUGGCAGUGCCAUCUCUGUCCUGGUGAAUGUCACCAGGACCCGCAUGCUGCCCACACUCAGCUACUUCAAGGAACCCUUUUGGCUGCACCAGGCUGUGCUCACAGAUGCCCCACAGCUUGUGCAGGCAACAGUGUCGCAGGGCCGGCUGAGCCUGCAGUGGCUGCCGCCCCUGGAGCUGCUGGCAGAGCACCUGGACUACCAGGUCCGCUAUGCCACGGAGAACAGCCAUGACUGGAAGGUCCUGCAGGUUCCAAGAGCAGCGAGGAAAGAGGUCCUGGACCUGCGGCCAGGCUCCCGCUACCACGCGCAGGUGCGGGCCCAGCCCAGCGGGCCGUGGUACCGGGGCAGCUGGAGCGCCUGGUCCAAACCCGCUGUGGUUGAUGCCGUGGCCGAUGCGGGCUGGCUCAUCCCCAGUGUUACGGUGGUGCCGCUGCUCUUCUCAGCAGUGCUCCUGGGGCUGCGCUGCACCUUCCCCUCCCUCUACAGCAAUGUGAAGCAGAAACUCUGGCCGCCCGUUCCCGACCUGCACCGUGCUCUGGGCAGCUUCCUCCAGGAAAGCAGCAAGCACGGCCAGGCCAGCGCCUUCGACAAGCAGCCGUCGGAGGAGGCCGUCCUGCCCUGCCUGCUGGAGGUGCUGCCCGGCCCGCGGCGUGAGGCGGGCCCGCCGCCGGAGCACGGUGGGGGCCGCCUGUCCAGCACCGACAUCGCCAACCAGUCCUACCUGCUCAUGAGCGGCUGGGAGCCGCGGGCAGCCACGACCGCCCCCACCCCGCCAUAA